CCAAAAGAAAGAAGUAAUUGAAGGUGGAGGGGAGAAGUAAUCACGGUCAAACUCAAAGACUAAGGAGGGAGGACCAUGGAGUCAGCUCCUCGGCCUCCACCGCCGCCUGCGCCGCCGCCGCCUCCGGAGUUUCCUUUUCCGAAGGAAUCGGUCACACGGCGAUACAAGCUCAUUUGGCGCGUCCUCUUGAUUUCUAAUCUCGCUCUCGGUGCCUAUAUGUUUGCUCGGCCAAAGAAGAAGGACGCGACAAGAUCUGCCACUCCUGUCGAUGCUAAGAAGAGGGAAACUGUGGAAGAAGUUCCAGUCGCUACGGAUACGAGCUUAAAUGAUUGGACGGCCGAUGAAGAUUACUUAGAUGCUGUGCCAAUUGCAGAGCUCGUGAAAGUUCGGGAACCAAUUUCAGAAGAACAACAAAGGGAGCUUUUCCAGUGGAUGUUGGAGGAGAAGAGAAACCUGACACCCAAGAAUCCUGAAGAGAAGAGACAAAUUGAUCAGGAUAAAGCCAUUCUCAAAAAGUUUAUCCGGGGCAAAUCUGUUCCGAGCCUGUAGUUUGGGUGCUUUCGAAGUAUCGCAGGACAUCCAGGAUGCAAUUGAUGUAAUUCUGCUGAAAGAGUUCCUUAACUGAUUGAUGUGGUAGGAACUAGGGAUAAUGUUGAUUCUUGCUAAUCGUACACAACGAAAACAUUAUGUGCUCAGGGCUAACGUGCAAUGCUUCAUUACGGGCGCAUACUGUAUCCAGUUGUUCGUGACUGAAACUACUUUCGAUUAAUGGGUAUUACUCCAUGUAAGUGAAUCGUGACAUCUGAUGCGUCCUCAUUGCACCCAAACAAUUGUUUAAUCGUGUUCUUUCUUCAU